UCUCAUCCCUCUCCUCUGGACCAGGGAGCAAACCUGCGUGAUUUUUAAGCAAAAUGGCGACAGUCUAAGAGAGAGGGAAAGACGAGUAACGGUGUCAGGUGCAAUGACAAACUUGAGGACACGAGUCGACCGUCCUGAGGUGUGCUUUCAAAGAGCCAUGUGGUGGAAUCAGUGCUUCAACAUAGACUGAAAGUAUUGCUACUAUGUCUGAUCCGAAGCCAAAUGCACAAGAGGACAAAGACGUGGAAUCUGUGUCUGACAGCCCAGGUCGUACUCAGGAGCCAUUACAGAGUCACACAUUCUCCCUGAAGAACAAUGCUGCAGGUCUGUCCUCAGAUGAACACGAAAACCCUUUAAAUGGAACCCAGCCGAAUCCAUUUGUAUACAGCAGUGUCCCUGCUGUUCCCCAUGCAGGCAAUUCAUUGCCUUCAGGAGCACUUGUUAAUGGACCUGGUUCACACCCCAACUCAGAGGUACACUGUGUCCUGAACAAAGGCACUGUUUUAUCCAACAAUGUCCUGGAUGCCGCGUGGCAAGCGGAGAAGGACACAAGCCCCGAGGUGUUACCACCACCUAGUGAGCUUCAAUCAGACGCUUGGAAGAACACAGCGGGGCCCGUCGUAAAAACACUGGCCACACAGCCAGGUGUCAACACGCCACUGUCUCACUCGGAGGAGAAUGAGUCUAAACUGGCCUAUUCCACACUGUCAGGCGACAGUGCAGAGCAAAUGCACAUUAGCCAACCUUUGACAGAACAGACAAUGAAAACAAGAUCUCGACGGGACGUAGAAUGGUCAGAAAGCUCCUCAGAUGAUUAUGAUGAUCCUGAAGUAAUCAGAUGGGAUUCAGCAAGAAAGCGCUCCUUGCACAAUGACAGAAGGCUGGAGACCAAUGUGAUGCACCAAAGAGACAUGAAGCACAAUACACAUGUAAAAAGUAUGUCAGGUUCUCUAGAAAAGGUUAACAACAGCUUAAAUCACACACACAGACCUUUCUGUUUCCUCACUGGUAAUGAUGUAGAAAAUGUUGACAUUGCCAACAAAGAUGAUUCUUUGGGUACACAGUCUGAUAUUAAAUAUUCUGUUGUGCCAUUCAAAGAUCUUUCUAGGAGCACAGCUUCAGACUCUGAGCACUAUAUUUAUAGCGCAGCGCAGGAAGGCUGUAAUGAGGAAAAUGACCCUGAAGAUGAAGACACUUUUAGUCCAAAAGUGGAACAGUUGAAGACAGAACAAGUUGAACAAGAUACAGUUUUCUUUUCAUGCACAAGAUGCAAUGUUAAUUUCAAGGAAAAAGUACAUUUCCAUAGACAUAUGAUGUAUCAUUUAGGCAAGCAUAAUCAGGUGAACAGUGAGAAUGUUUCACAGCCCUUUAUAUGCAGGGAGUGUGGGCGUUUGUUCUGUGAUAGCAACUCCCUCAUGAGCCACAUCAUUAUUCACCAAGACAGGCUGGAAAAACUUAUGGAGGAAAUCAAAGGUCUCAAAAAUACAGAAUUCGAAGACAGGCAGUGCCCUCAGUGUGUAUUCGGUUGCAAUUGCCCUAAAAUCCGUGUCCAGCACGCCAAAACACAUGAUAAUCUAAAGCACUACUACUUCUGUGAGGAGUGUAACUACAUUACACUGACACAGCAGGCACUUGAAGCACACUUACAUGUCGCACACCUCAGCACACACCAGCCUCAAUAUAGGAAAAGGACUCAUGCUAAUGAGGCAGAGGAAGCAGGCCGUGUUCAGCAUAAAAUGGGUUUUUUCACUAGUAGAGACAAAGGAGUACUCGAAAGACAUUCUGAGCUGGAGCAUCAGCGAUCACACUAUGGUAAUUAUAAAAAGGUUGCUGACCAGCCCUGGUCUAUACCAAAUCUGUCAGCUAAGUCAACUUUUGGACAAAUGGCCCAUUUCCCCCACUGUUCCAGUAAAAAAGGGGAAUUUUAUAUUCAAGAGUCCACUGACAAAACUGUAAAUUCUCCUCAGUUAAGGUGCCAUGUUGGCUGCACCAAAAACAUGCUCUCACCGUCUUUGUGGAGAGUCGACAGGCAUGGAAAAUUACUCCUACAACCAGCCGAAAAAUUACAUGUGGCAACUGAUCUCACCUGUGAGGAAGAAGACGCUGAAAACAAUGACUGCAAGGCUUUUGGCAGCUCAAAGCAGACAAACUGUCCUGCAAGCACUGAUUUUUUACUAUCAGCCAGAAAUCUUAAAUUAGACCAGAUGUUCUGUCAGGGUAGCAAGAACGAACGGGCAAGCGGGAGUUUACACGCACAAGCAAAGCAAAAAUCUCCAUCAAUGAGAAAAAUGUCAACCCCCUUGCAUAACACUAUUGACAAUAUGCAUGGUAAUAUAUCACCAAGGCUUAGCCAGAGGCUCAAGUCUGCAGAUAGGGAGUUAGAAAAAGGCUGUGAGGGCAGCAAUAACUUCAGUCAUGACACCAGUGGAGCUACAGGCAGCUUCUUGGAAAGCAGCGAAAAUGAAAGGAACCCGUAUGCUCGGAAGUAUUUCAGAAAGAGGCAGAGGUUGUCAGCCAAAGUCCAAAGCCCUCAUGUACUUGAGAAUGAAGAUGAUGGAGAUGAAGACUGUAGUGACAUAGAGCAACUUGUCAUCAAGGAGGAGUAUAUCGAAACUACAGUGUGUGAUGAUUCCCCAGAGUCGCCUUGUACGUCUUUAAAUGACAGCUUUGAUGUUUUCCCCACACCAGGGGUAGAACACAAACCCUGUCCAUACUGCCCUGCCAUGUUUGAGUCUGGAGUGGGUCUGUCCAAUCACGUGCGUGGGCACCUCCACCGUGUUGGCUUGAGCUACAACGCCCGGCACAUGGUUUCACCAGAACAAGUGGCUCUGCGGGACCAUCAGCCACGAAUCCGCAGAAGGAUCCCCUGUGGCAUGAGGAAAAUGAGAAAAGCUGUUAAGCCAGAAACCCAAGGAGAGCACACAUGUCCCCUGUGCUGGGGUUGGUUUGAUACUAAGACCGGCCUCUCGAAUCAUGUGAGGGGACAUCUGAAACGAAUUGGUAGAAGUGUUACCAGUACCAGCAAGUCCCCGCUGUGCAUCUUAAAUGAAAUGCUACAGGACAAAAAGGAACAUCGGAAUAUCCUCCAGGUCCUCAACAAGGGCCAAUUCCCCUCACGAUCCUUUGUCUCUCAGAAGUUAUUCAGCAGCAAUGGCCUGUUCCUGAUGCGCACGGGCAUCCCAGUGAAAAUCCAGUAUGAGAUGAGGAGUCCACAUCCCAUAUCGGACAGCUUUGUACCAAAACAGGAGGCAGAGGCCUUCUCAGAAAGCAAGACGCUUCCGGUAGAAGCUCAAAGAGACGCCGAGGCCUCCUCAAGCACUUUAGUUGAACUGCUCAAGAUGAGACAGGAAAGUAUGGAGGUUACAGCAAGAAGCGACCAGGAAGCCUAUGCAAACAGGAAGCUCUGUGAUUUGACCAAAGAUUACAUGGAGGAGACACAGAUGACCAGUGUGGAAGCAAACUGGGCACAUGGGAAAUGUGAUUCAAAUAAGAUUUGUACUCAGUGUAACAGCGACUUCCCUAGGCUUCCUGGUCACCUUCGAGCGUAUGCACACAGGAAGAGGAUUGGCAUUUUUGAAGGACCAGGCUAUGAUUAUAAACAGAAGAAGCCAAGACCAAGGCCUGGGCUAAAAAAGAAGAUUUUACCCUCCUUGAAUGCUGAGAUAUACACACUCACCUGCAGGUUCUGUGACCUAGUCUUCCAGGGCCCCCUGUCUGUCCAAGAGGAUUGGAUCAAGCAUUUACAGAGGCACCUUCUGCACACCAGCGUGCCCCACUCAGGGACAGGGAUGGUAGAGGUUUUGGGUCUUCAUCACAAAAUACAAAUAAGCAUGUCUGGUGAGCACCCAGAUCUUGAGUAGAGUUUUAUCUAGAACUUCCAGUUGCCUGAAUUUGCACACUCUUUAUAUGUAUAAUCAAAACAUCUUUUAAGAUUAGUCCUGUAUAGACAUAUAUAAUAGUUAAUCCAGACUACUUGAUAGUGUAUAUAUUAAUAAUAUUAAUAAAUGUAUAUAUUAGCAAAUACUUUAUUAUAUGCUAUUUUAAUGUUAUGCUUUGCCUUAUCAACUUAGCCAAUGCAACUUCUAGGAUCUGUUUCUUCAAUAAGCUGGUCUGGCAGUGCGGAACUGCCAUUGUUAGAAAAACGUUGUUCUACUAUGUUUGUCAUGAUAAAAAAGUGCCUUGUUAUUGUGACAAAACAUUUUGUUGUGAUGAGAAAUGUUUUCAUUAUAUGUAUAUAUCCACAUAUCUCAAAGUCUAACUCUCUCUCAAACAGAAAACUUUCUCAUUACAAAAAUAAACAUUUCUUAAUAUCUUUCUCUUUGUAUGAGAAAUGUACGAACUGAGAAAAGUUCAAAGGAGUGUUGCCACUACCAUAUUAGCAAAAUACAUGAGGUUGAGUAUUUCAAUUGAGCUCAUGUCUCACUUUCUUUUAGAGCCAACAUAAAAUAAGAUUGUGCUCUUGUUAAGCAGUGUACACAGGGCUGUCAUUAGUGUGUGGGUGCUUUGAAGGAUUUCACCUCUCUGUGCCUGAAUCAGAGAGAGCAUCUCUCUUAAUCAAAAUGACAUGUUGCAUUAUGUUGGGAAAGCUUGUUGUGUCACUGCUUAACCUUCAACCAUCAGUGUAAUUUCUAAAAUCCAGCUCUUAUUAUUGUUGUGAUAACAUCUUUUCAUAAUCGGAAAACUCUCUACACAUAACAACAUAUUGUUAGAAUUAUUUCUCAGUGUGUCGGCUCUGUAAUGCCAAAGGUUCGGACCCAAAAUGGGUUGCUUUUUGUUCUAAUUUGUUGAAGACACAAGACUGGUACUGCACAUUUGCAUGUCCAUAACCUGUUCUACAAACUUGUUUACAACUUAUUUUGCAGGGUAGCAGAAACUGUUUCCUACUUCCAUACAGACAGGAAAACGGGCUAUGCAAUAUACAAAGAUCACAUAUCAUUUUGAAGUGCUGGUUUUUCAUGGUCUAUCACUGGAAGAUAGGACAAUGUCUUUUUCCCAGGACAUUUACUUUGUUUUUCUUGUUCUAUGUGCACAUCAUAUGCAAAUGUUUCCUAAGCACAGCUACAGUUUGUCCUCCUUUGCAGUAUGUGGUCUAGUCUGGUUGAACCCAUUGCCAAAACACUCUACUCAAUAUUAGAAAGAAAUUCAUUAAUAUAUGCUGUAGCAUCAGUAUUGAAUGAAAAUGAAUGUAUAUUGCUUUCAGUAAGGGUGGCCCAUGAUAGUUUUUCACAUUGCAUUAAAAGCCAACAACUAUAUUGGUAGAAAAUCAAAGAAAUAUUUAGCUUUAAUGACCAAAUGUCAUUGUAGGUGUUUUAUGUAAUUAUUUCUAUUUAUUUUUCCUGAAAUAUUCAACUUGUUACACUGGAGAUUUUAAAAUCGUAGAAAUGUAGCGCUCCCUAACGUACAGUAAAAUUCAGAGUGUUGAUGAUUACAAGUUAUUAAAUUAUGAAACAUUUCUAUAAAAUAAUUCUUACUUCCCUACUCAGGCUUGAUAGUUUUUAGACUUAGUGUUAGUCAGAUUCUAAUACAGCUGUUUUGUAGAUAAAUGUUUGUAUAGAAAUCAGUGACAUUAAUAAUAAACUUGCAUGAUACAAAAGUGUCACUAAAUUUAAAUACAUUUAAUGAAAUAUUCUUAAUCAGCCACAUAUAGUAAAAUGUAUUAGUGACGCUGUGGUAAAUUAUAUUAACAAUGUGAAUUACCACAUAAAGAGGAUAUACAGUACAGUAUUGAGCAGAGCAUGUUGUGCUGAGAUUAUAUACAGCGGUUGAGGUGGACUGUACAAAAGGUUUGACUGGAGUGAUUAAUUGAGCAAGCUGACUGAGGUUUAGGAAGAACAAAAGACCUAAUAUGCAAGAGAAUGGUGUUCAUCAUGUGAGAUCAUGUAAAAGAAGAGUUGAGCCAAAGAUCUUUGGAUAUUCAGGAUAUACAGUGAAUUCAUAAUUAAAGGAUAAGAUAAGGGACAGAAUUUCUGAUUUCAGAUUUUUUUUCCAUUUGUUCUUUUUGGAAGCCAACCGGAAACAUAGGAAGGACAAAACACUGAAAACUGAACAUAAAAUAUUAUUCCAAUGUAUGAUCCCAGUGUUUUCCACUUUAUGUUCAGUCAUUCUAUAUUAAAGUAUUUAAAUUAUUAUUCUCAUGUCAAUAAAUACCUACCUUCAGUCACUCAUGGAUGUAACAGUACUGACUUAACCUCAGUUUAAACAUGGUAAUGACACAACCUUUACUGCUCCAAACUUCCAGUGACUGUCAGGUCUUUUGGGGGAAAAAUCUGCUGCACGGGAAGUGAUAUUUUUAUGAUUUGGGAAACAGAAACUGCAGUUAUUGUGUUUCCGUAGGCCGCCUUAAGGAUCCCUAACUUCAGCAUCAUUGUAACCAUUAAGAAAAGAGUAAAUGUGAAUAGUGGCAGCAAUGGUACGGCAGUAAUGAUAUAACAAUGAUCUCUGCAAAAUAAAAGCAAAAGAUGAAUUUCUGGUGGAUUUUA